AUUUGAAAAAAGGUUUGCUUAGGCGCCACUCUAGUAGCAUCAAACCAUACCUCAGAGAUGCUAACAAGAAGACUAGGUUGAAGUGGUGUGUUGAUAUGAUUGAGCAAGGUUUGGUUGAUGAUCCAAAAUUUAAGGAUUUGUUUGACUUUGUGUUCAUUGAUGAAAAAUGGUUCUACCUCUCUCAAAAAUCUGAAAAAUAUUAUUUGCUGCCCGAGGAAGAUGACCCACAUCGCACUUGUAAGAACAAGAACUACAUCCCUAGGCUCAUGUUCUUGUGUGUAUGUGCUCGGCCAAGGUUUAGGAAUGGAGAAUGUGUUUUUGAUGGAAAAAUAGGUUGUUUUCCACUUGUCACUUAUGAACAAGCUAUUAGAAGAAGUCACAAUCGUAUUCGUGGAGAAGAAGUAAUCAAGCCAAUUACAUCAAUCACAAGGGAUGUGAUCAGAGAUUUCAUGGUAAAUAGAGUGUUCCCUGCAAUUCGAGCCAAGUGGCCAAGAGAAGAUGUGAACAAGCCAAUUUUCAUACAACAAGAUAAUGCACCUUCUCAUUUAAAAGUGGAUGAUCCUAUUUUUUGUGAGGCUGCUAAGCAAGAUGGUUUUGACAUUCGGCUAAUUUGUCAACCACCCAAUUCUCCGGAUUUUAGCAUUCUAGAUUUGGGGUUUUUUAGAGCUAUUCAAGCUAUUCAAUACAAGAAGGAUGCAAAAAUAAUUAAAGAUCUUGUUCCAGCCGUGCAACAGGCAUUCUUAGAGUACUCUCCAUGGAAAGCAAACAUGAUUUUUGUAACACUACAAAGUGUUUUGAAAGAAGCCAUGAAGCUCCAAGGAUGCAACAAGUUGAAAAUUCCUCACAUGCAAAAACAAAAACUUGAGAGAGAAGAUAGGCUGCCAUUGCGAAUCUCCUGUGAACCUUCCUUGCUAGCUGAAGCCAUUAGUAGCCUCCCUGCAAAUUAGAAGAUGGAAAUUAGCUUAUGCAAAUUAGAAGAUGCAAGUUACGGAUCCUACAAUGUAUCUUAGGUUAUAUGCAUGUACCUUACUGAACUUGCUUUGCUUCAUCUUCUUUGUUGGCCUGGGGACUGAUCUUUGUUUGCUUCAUCUUCUCAUCGUGCUCCUCCAACUUCUUUA